AUGUCUCAAAGGACAAGCAACGACCUUGAACGGGUCUCUACCUCAAAGCCCAUGCACACCUCCAUGGCAUCAGGACUUCCAAGAUCAACCCAGGAUGAAGGAAUGUCGAGCCGUGACACCUCACGCUCCAAUCUCCGUACAGCCCAUGGAAACUCCCAGGAAAUCAAAGACUGGACAUUGAACCACCAAGAAUCUCUUGACCAGGCCAUCUCAAAGACAGACCCAUCCGAGGUCCACCUGCUUCCUUACUCGCUGUCCCAGCAGCUGAUGACCCCCACGGUCGGCCCAAAUGAUGUUCUGUUCCCAGGCGCGGACUUCCCAGCAGUCCCUGACAUGAAUGACCAUGAGAUGACCCGGGAUCUUUAUAACUCUUUCCUGGAUUUUUCUUCUGUAGAGAAUGAUGUCUGUGUCGGGAAUGAUGAUGCUCUUUCCAUCGGACACAGCUCCCACAGCACCGAGGAUGGUCACUAUAUUACAGGCCCCGAGUCAUGGACCCCAAUGAUGCAUGAUAUGCACUACCCAGGAACCACCAUGGAGCAAUUUUCGUCAGGUCUUUUCCAGACCGUGCCAGUCUCUCCGCCCCUGACGGACGCUAGCAACGACAUGUCUGUUACUUCUUCUUGCUCCCACCAGGGGUUCACUUCCUUCAUGGCCGCGGAUGAUGUCCUCCUCGGAGAUUAUACCGCGUCUCCCAUUGCCACAACCCACGGACUCCACCCCGCAGAGCCCUUGUUCCCCAGCACUUCUCUUGACGACAGAGAUCUCAACAGGACUAUCAGACCUUCAAAGCAAUCUCGCCGUUCAGGAUUGCCAGCUGUCUCCCAGAACCAAGGAAAGACCGACCCGGAGUUCUUCCCAACCCUCCCAGUCAGAGAGCCAACCCGCCAGAGAUCCAAGGAAGGUGUCGAGUCUCGCAACCCGCGAGAGCACCAAUAUUACUCCAUGUCCACUCACAGCGAUGGAAAGUACUACUGCCCAUUUGCCACUGGAGAAAAGCCCUGCAAUCACCCACCCACCACGCAAAAAUGCGCUUACCAGCAAGUCCUCCCCAAGUACCUGGAUUCUCAUCUGAAGCCAUACCGCUGCAAGGUCGCCGCCUGCAUUGAUGCCCAGCUGCGCUUCUCUUCCAAUGCCUGCUUGUUCCGCCAUGAACGUGAAGCCCACGGAUUACAUGGCCAUGGAGAUAACCCUCACCUCUGCCUGUGGGAUGGCUGUGAACGUGCCGUUCCAGGCAAUGGAUUCCCCAGGAGAUGGAACCUCUACGACCACAUGCGCCGCGUGCACGACUAUGCCACCUCCGAGCGCCACAGCUCGCCGGAGACAUCGCCCGCUGCCGGUCAGAUCAAGAAGAAGGAACCCACUACCCGCAAGAGGAGAGUCACUGGUGUCACCCCGGCCCCCACCAUGAAGCGCACUCGCUCCGUCCAGUCCCAGGCUAGCUCCAAGGCCGGUCUGGCUUCCGCUACUAGUCUUGGACAGCGUCUGCAGAACGCCGAGCAGAACUACUACAAGUGCCGCUCGCGUCUGCUUGAGCAGAUUGGUAACAUUUCCCCUCAGGAUACCUCCAUGCAUGAGAAGGUCAAUGCCAGCCUCCAGGAGCUCUUCACCUUGGGUCUGAACUACCGCCAUAUCGAGGCCAGCCACGCUGUUUCCCAAAUGCCGAAUGGAUUGCCCGCUUGA